CGAAAGUGUUGAUCGAUAAUCAAAAUGUAUAUGGCCACCACUCGCAGGCUCGUGCUGUACGGCCGCAGCUCCUCGCUAAACACGCAGCGUGUCCUCUGGUGCCUGCACGAGACUGGCGUCCCUUUUGAUCUGAGGCUCACGAGCGCGACGCUCGGAGAGAGCGGCCGGCUCGGCGGCACCGCUUUCGGAGGCACCGAGGACCCGGGGUUCGUUCGCUGCUCGCCCUUCGGCCAGAUCCCCGCGCUCUCCGAUAGCGCCACCGGCGCGCAGCUGUGGGAGAGCGCCAGCAUCAUCCGCUACCUCGCCGCAGUCUACAAGCCGAGCCUGCUCGGGCCGGCCGUGCCGGCCUACAGGCCGCAGGAGGCUGGCUAUCGGCUGGCGCAGGCUGCGCGCGCCUCCGCCUGGAUGGACUACCACCUCUCGACGUUCGCCGCGGGGGCAAACAUCUACGGCCACGACGACUUUAUGGGCAACCUCAUGACGCACCUCGUCAGGAUGCCCGCCGGCGGUGCACCCGUCACCGUCGCAGCGCACGGCGCUCAGAGGCAGAUGCAGUUCUGUGACGAGACCGUGGCGCGCGCGGCUGAGGCGGCGGCGGCGCAGUUUGGCAGGCUGGACGCGCAUCUGCGCUCGGCCGGCACGCCCUACCUGGCGGGCGACGAGCUCACGGUCGCCGACAUUCCGCUCGGCGUCGAGGCGUUUCGGUGGAGCUUGCUGCGGAGGCGGCUGCCGGCGGGGGCGGCGGAGGCGCCAGCGGCGCCAGCAGCGGCAGCGGCGCCAGCGGCGGCGGCGGCGGCGGCGGCGGCGGCGGUGGAGGCGGCGGCGGCGGCGGCGGCGGUCGACACGCCAUCGCUCGACGGGUGGCUCGAGCGGCUUAGGGGGCGGGUGGCGUUUGUGAGGGGUGUGGUGGAGCCGGAGGAGGAGCACCACGCGCCCACGCCGUGAGGACGGUCUCGGCUCUCGGGCUGUAGCUCUACUGGCCGGGUUGGAGGUUGCUUCGCGGGUUGGUGCAGGCGCCGCUCUCACUGCCUGAGCUGUGUGUGACCUCGAUGUGUGACCCUCCCUCCCUCCCUCUCCCUCUCCCUCUCCCUCUCCUUCGCAGCUUCGCUCCUUCCCUCUCUAUCUCGCUCUCUCUCGCUCCACAUCUCUGUCUCUCCGCUCUUGCUACUGGCAGACUCUCACUGUCGCGCUCACCGUCCCUCCUCUGGUCUGUCUCGCUGUCUCGCGCAUCGCGCUCGGACACGCGCCGUACGUCCAAGAUCCAGGUCCUGCAACCGCUGAGGUAUAGAGGUGAUAGAUGUGUGUGGCGAGAUCAUGUUCAUGAGAUUUUCAUGUGUGUGGUACGUGGGACAC